CCUGGAGUACUCUUACUAAAUAACACCAAGUAAAUUCCAACAUGGUCACAUUUAAUUUUAUAUUACUAUUUGCUAUUGUAGCGGUUAAAGCCAUACCAGAGUUUCAGUAUGAUUUAGAAAAAGCUGAAGAAUAUUUUCAGGACUUUAUCGAGGAAUACGGAAAAGAAUAUGCAAAUGGAGAUGUAAAGGCGAGAAAAUUCGAAGUGUUUAAAGAGUCACUACAGAUGUAUAACAAGAUGAAUAUGGAGCAAUUGAAUGCUAAAUUUGGUGUUCAUCAACACUCAGACUUGACCAGAGAAGAGUUAGGAAAGGUACGAGACGGCUUACUUCGUAUGAGCAGCUACACAAAUUGCACGAGUCGCGGAGCGCCAGCGGUAAACCCGCCGGAAGCAUAUGACUGGCAACUGCAAGGUUCCGCUGUCACUUCUGUCAAGGACCAAUGGUGUGGAGAUUGUUAUGCCUUCACUGUUACAGGUAAUAUAGAGAGUCAGUAUGCAAAGAAAUACGGUAAACUGGUGAAUCUAUCAGAGCAGCAAAUAGUAGACUGUGAUCGCACAAAUCAUGGCUGCCAUGGAGGUGAUAUGGUAAAGGCUAUAGAGGAAAUAAUAAGAGUUGGUGGACAGAUGAGUCUAAAUGAUUACCCAUACAGAGGCUCCGAGGGUGAUUGCUUAUUCAAUGCCAGUAAAGUACAAGUUAAAGUGACUGAUUGCGUUACUUACGAUCCCAAAAAUGAAGAUGAUUUGGUCAAAAUGCUUUACAAUCAAGGUCCAAUUGCCGUAGCCAUGGAUUCUACUGAUUUGCACCCAUACCGUAGUGGUAUCAUGAAUAAAUGUAGGAUGACGAAAUGCAAACACGGCGUGCUUUUGGUGGGCUAUGGCGUUGAGGGCAACACAAAAUUUUGGAGAUUCAAGAACUCUUGGGGAACAAAUUUCGGUGAGGACGGUUACUUCCGCGUUGAGCGCGGAAAAGAUUUGUGUGGCAUUUUGGACUGUCAACUCUGCUCUGCUAUUGUUGGAUAAGCAUUACCCCAAUUAUAUCUUACAAUCGUCGGUUUGUCAGUUAUGUAUCAUGUUAUACAAGGUGCAACUUUUACAAUUUUUUGAUUCUUGU